AUGUUUCCAAGAGACCUGAUUUCUGGAUUCUUCCUCCUGUCAGAAGUUUUCAUUGGACUCAUGGGAAACUUGCUCCUCUUCAUACUAUACAUAUACAUCUUAUUUCAGCCUCAUCAAAAGAAGCCUGUAGAUAUGAUCUUCACACAUCUAAUGCUUGUCAAUGUUUUGAGCAUCGUGUUCAAGCUGAUACCAGAUGUCAUGAAAUUCUUUGCAGUCAGGCUCCUUUUCCAGGAUGUUGCAUGUAAGGCAGUUUUGUAUGCAUAUAGUGUUACUAGGGGCCUUUCCCUCUGUACUAUCUUGCUGCUGAGUGUAUUUCAAGCCAUCACUGUUAGUUCUAACCAUUCCAAGUGGGCAUGGCUUAAAUCCAAGCUUGAGUCAUGCAUUUUUCCAUCACUCCUCUUCAUCUGGAUCAUCAACUCAUUUCUCUAUCUUCCCAUGGUUGAAAACAUAAAGGGACGAAUCAACUUCACUGUUGUGGCUUCUAGGUAUUCCCAGAUAUACUGCCAAAGUAGCCAGGUUCGUUAUCACUCCACCCUGUCACUUGUAACUGCACUAAUAAUUAGAGACAUCUUGUUUGUGUUUCUCAUGAUGUGGUCCAGCCUCUACAUGGUGAGCCUUCUAUUCAGACACAACAGGAGAACACAGCAUGUCCACAGUUUCAGUGUGUCUCUCCAUGCAUCUUCUGAAAAAAGAGCCACCCACAGCAUCCUUCUGCUUGUGGGUUUCUUCAUGUUUUUCUAUUGGUCAAACACUUUUGUUACCUUCUAUUCACUUUACCAACCCAAGAGCAGUCCAGUAUUGGAUCUGAUUAGUGGAGUUUUAUCUUCAGGUUACCCAACUGUCUGCCCUUAUGUUCUAUUGAACAAUAGAAAACUUAUUUCCAAAUUCAUUUCUUCCUUUUCAGACUUUAAAUGUACCUUUUUUACAAGAGGAUGUCAUGGCUAA